AUGACCCCUGACCCUCUGCUCCCUUGCAGGUAUGCCAGUCUCUACUUCUGCUGUGGUCUGGAGGACCAGGACAAUGAACUGUUGACCCUGGAGGUGUUGCAACGAUAUGUCGAGCUGCUGGACAAAUACUUUGGCAACGUGUGUGAGCUGGACAUAAUCUUUAACUUUGAGAAGGCCUACUUCAUCCUGGAUGAGUUCCUGGUGGGAGGAGAGAUCCUGGAGACCUCCAAGACAGCUGUGGGCAUCGCUAUGGAGGAGGCAGAGACACUACAAGAGACAAUGGAGGAGUAUAUGAGUAAACCGACCUACUGAACCAAUAACAGGGACGUGAGUCGAAUCUUAAGACUGAAGAAUCCUUUUCUCAAUUGCCAUAAGUGCCACAACAUUUCAAAGAAGACUUAUUCAACUGGAAUACUCUUCCAUUCAGACAGAAUACAUAGUCUGUUUUUAUAUAAGCACGUUCUAAUAUUAUUAGUKUUUUUUGUACUUUUUACUCCUUUUUCUUCCCAAUUGGUAGUUACAGUCUUGUCCCAUUGCUGCAACUCCCGUACGGAC